UGAGUCACCAAGCCUUCUAUGUAAUUAUUUUCUUAACUGCCUCCUCCUCUGGGCUGUGGCUUCUUGGUGGGAGUGGCUGUGACUCGUUCCUGUUCUCCAGACGUCAGGGAAAAGCGCUCUGAUGAUAUUCACGGCCACCAGGGAGCGCUGCGUCUGGCCUGCAUCUGCUCUCUGGAAACAGUCUAGGAAGUUCCAUGUUCCUCUCCAUUUCUGGGAUACUGGCCUAAGCCCCGAAGGCCCUGACAUCUGCUAGCCAAGUCAGCGUCUCAGGCAUGGGCUUCAGUUCGGGCACAUGAUGACUCAGGACCUUGGGAAUGGCGUUGGGCAAGCCAUCAGACCAGCCACCUGGGCCUCCUCCUCACUAAUGAGACAACAACAAGGAACUCAACUCAGCCAGUCCAUCCCCGCAUGCCCACAUCACUCUCCGGAGCUCUGGACCUCUUACUACCUCCCUUUGCUGAUGCUUCUCAGGAGGCCCCUGACACCAGGUCAGGGCUUGGAGGAGAGUGUAUCAGGGUGAACCUGAGGAUAAAGAAGACAUAAUGGAACUCGCAAGGAACCAAACCAAACUUCUCUACUUUAAGCCCCUUAAAUGGUUUCUCAGAUCCAAGAUGGCUAGGAUUCCUUCCCUUUACUUCCUUCCUGUUGUUUCCUCCUAGCUCAUGGCAAAGUCAACUCUCUCUUCCCCGCCUCAGGGAAAUGAAAUAUGCAGGGUUUUUGUUGUUGUUGUUGUUGUUGUUUUUUAAGAUAGGGUCAGGUGUAUCCCAGGCUGGCUUUCAGACUCUGUCUCCUCCCAAGUCCUGAGUGAGUGGGCAGGUAGUCUUAAGUCAUUCUCUAUUGAUCAGUGCCCAUGAGUGCUAGGGUAAGGAAUGAAACUGGAGGGAAUGAGAGAUUUCACGUCCCAUCCCCAAGACUCUGUAACCCUCUGAUGGGAUUUGGCUUUCGUGCUCGUCAUUUUUGUUGUAUCUAUCUUCUCUUUACCACUUGUGCCCUCAAGGGCUGAUGGCAGAGAUUACAGGUGUCUCUUCUAGUCCCAAGAGCUCUUGAACCCCUGCCUCCCCAACGGCAGUCCCUCCCAGGCGUGGAGCCUGGGCCUUGGCCCCAGGUUGCCUUGCAAGACGUGUGAGUGAUCGCACAGGUGGCUGAGGGCUGGCACGCCUGAGGCCUGCCCAGCCUGAGUCACCUGGCGCUGUUGUUGUCAUUGUCCGAGUUGAAGCCUCUGCCCAGCUUCACAGACCUCUGUGGAAACAGCAGCAGCCCAGUCCCUUCGACCUCUCAGGAGACGCUGCUGCCUGAUGGUGAGCCGAAUGGGGUGGGGGGGGAGCAGGAGGCAGCGGGGGCGGUGGGGAGACCUGGGGCCCAGCUCAGUGCCUCUGCUCCCUAUGGCACUGCCACUGUCUGCUUCUCCAUGCCGGGGACUUGGGGGAGGGAGGAUCUCUGUCUUCUCUCUGUCCCCUGUCCCUCGGACAAGAAGCUGCUCCUCUUCACUGUUUCCUCCUGCCUCGGGGUCCCCCUGCCUAGUGACUCAGGAGGCAGGGGCUUCUCAGCUUCCAUACAAUGCCUCACCCACCCCAGCCACACCCCCAACACAGACCCAUCCCACAAUGACACCCACUUCCGCUUCCCCCUCGUGGGGGUCCCACUCCACCGCACCCCUGGCCUCGGCCACUCCCCCUCCCUCCUGCCGGUGCCCCCAGGACCACCCUGGGCUGCGGAUAGGUCCUCUGAUCCCUGAGCAGGAUUAUGAACGGCUGGAGGACUGUGACCCUGAGGGGUCUCAAGACUCACCCCUCCAUGGGGAGGACCAUCAACCCUUGCUUCAUGUGCCUGAAGGACUCCGUGGCUCCUGGCAUCACAUCCAGAACCUGGACAGCUUCUUCACCAAGAUCUACAGCUACCACCAGCGGAAUGGUUUUGCCUGUAUCCUGUUGGAGGAUGUCUUCCAGCUGGGACAGUUCAUUUUCAUUGUCACCUUCACAACCUUCCUCCUUCGCUGUGUGGAUUACAAUGUUCUCUUCAACAACCAACCAAAGAACCAUACGAGACCUGGACCAUUCCACAGCAAAGUGACCUUGUCAGAUGCUAUUCUACCUUCAGCCCAGUGUGCAGAGAAGAUCCACGACAGUCCUCUGUUGGUCUUCCUCCUAGUCCUGGCAGCUGGCUUCUGGCUGUUCCAGCUGCUUCGUUCAGUCUGCAACCUCUUCAGCUACUGGGACAUCCAGGUGUUUUACAGGGAGGCUCUGCACAUUCCCCCAGAGGAGCUCAGCUCGGUACCCUGGGCUGAGGUUCAGUCCCGCCUCCUGGAGCUGCAGAGGAGCGGUGGGCUGUGUGUGCAGCCCAGGCCACUGACGGAACUGGACGUCCACCACCGCAUCCUGCGCUACACCAACUACCAGGUGGCGCUGGCCAACAAGGGCCUGCUGCCCGCUCGCUGUCCACUGCCCUGGGGGGGCAGCGCAGCCUUCCUCAGCCGCGGCCUGGCGCUCAACGUGGACUUGCUGCUCUUCCGCGGUCCCUUCUCGCUCUUCCGCGGGGGCUGGGAGCUUCCCGAAGCUUACAAGCGCAGCGACCUCCGGGGCGUCCUGGCCGCACGCUGGCGGCGCACUGUGCUGCUGCUGGCCGCCGUGAACUUGGCGCUGAGCCCGCUGGUGCUGGCCUGGCAGGUGCUGUACGCCUUCUACAGCCACGUGGAGCUGCUGCGACGCGAGCCCGGCGCCUUCGGGGCGCGCCGCUGGUCCCGCCUGGCCCGCCUGCAGCUGCGCCACUUCAACGAGCUACCGCACGAACUGCGUGCCCGCCUGGCCCGCGCCUACCGGCCCGCGGCCGCCUUCCUCCGUGCCGCCGAGCCCCCUGCGCCCCUGCGCGCGCUGCUGGCCCGCCAACUGGUCUUCUUCUCGGGAGCGCUUUUUGCCGCGCUGCUGGUGCUCACCGUCUACGAUGAGGAUGUGCUGGCCGUCGAGCACGUGCUCACCACCAUGACGGCGCUCGGGGUCACAGCCACAGUGGCCAGGUCCUUCAUUCCAGAGGAGCAAUGCCAGGGGCGUCCCUCACAGCUCCUGUUGCAGGCAGCCCUGGCACACAUGCAUUACCUCCCGGAGGAGCCUGGUGCGGCAGGUGCUCCGGCAAGCUCUUACUGGCAGAUGGCGCAGCUGCUUCAGUACCGAGCAGUCUCCCUCCUGGAAGAACUCCUGUCUCCACUCCUCACUCCUCUGUUUCUGCUCUUCUGGUUCCGCCCCCGUGCUCUGGAGAUUAUUGACUUUUUUCAUCACUUCACCGUGGAUGUGGCUGGUGUCGGGGACAUCUGUUCUUUUGCCCUAAUGGAUGUGAAGCGCCAUGGGCACCCUCAGUGGCUCUCAGAGGGACAGACAGAAGCCUCACUCUCUCAGCGUGCAGAGGAUGGAAAGACUGAACUCUCCCUAAUGCGGUUCUCCCUGGCACAUCCACAAUGGCGGCCACCAGGGCACAGCUCUAAGUUCCUUGGACACCUUCGGGGCCGGGUACAACAAGAUGCAGCUGCCUGGGGUGCUACCUCAACACGAAGCCCCCCAACCCCAGGGGUGCUCAGUGACUGCACAUCCCCUCUGCCGGAAGCCUUCCUGGCCAACCUCUUGGUGAAUCCCCGCCCGCCCCAGAGGGACCUUAGCCCCACAGCUCCCUGCCCUGCAGCUGCCACAGCCAGCCUCCUUGCCUCCAUUUCACGAAUGGUCCAGGACCCCAGCUGUGUGUCCCCGGGAGGCACUGGGGGCCAGAAGCUGACCCAGCUCCCAGAGCUUGUUUCUGCUGAGAUGAGCCUGCACGCCAUUUACCUACAUCAGCUUCAUCAACAGCAGCAGCAGGAACCAUGGGGAGAGGCUUCAGCCUCCUCCCCACCCAGGCCCUGGUCCAGCCCUUCACAGCCAGGCUCACCAGAUGAGGAGAAGCCAUCUUGGUCAAGUGAUGGCUCCAGCCCUGCUUCAAGCCCGAGACAGCAGUGGGGUAUCCAGAGGGCCCGGAAUCUGUUUCCAAGAGGCUUUCAUGAGACCACAGACACCCAGAAGGAGCCCCUACCAGGCCCCUUGCACUGACUGAGGAUACCUCAGGUUCUGGCUUUUCUAGCUGCAGGAAAUCGGAUGGGGUGGCAUGGGAAGAUACAUGGAGCCAUCUUUGAGCCUCACCACCACCCCAGAUGGCAGGCCCGGGAUAUUUUAGUUGGUCAUGAUCUGGGAGUCAAAGAGGAGCUUGCCCAGAGAACAAAGAGUAGGAGAUGACUGUGAGCCAGAGAUGGGCCCCACACUUGGGGAUAAGAGGGUACUAACCCUGACUGGCUGCUGUGGAGUAGUUGCCUGGGAAGAAGGACCCCAGUGCCUUCAAGGUGGAGGGCGGGGGCCCAGGCAGCAAUCAAGCUCAGUGUUAGGGAUCAGUGAGGCAUAGAGCCGGAAAGGCAGGGAAGUUGUUCCUGUUGCCCCCCCCUUGAGUUCCUGUGGGACUAGGGGCGGGGGAUAUGGAGACUUGUGAGUGGAAAAACUGGAGAGGGCUGCUGUUUUUGGAUAUCAGCACUGCUGUGAUGUCUGAGGAAGUGGGUGUGGCCCCUCAUCCUGUGUGAAAGAAGUAGUAGAGGUUGUUCGUGGUUGUGCUGCACAUCUUUGCCAUGGGAAUGUCCGGCAUGCCCCACUCCUGGAAGCUGAGGGCUGCAUCUGUUCACUCAACCACAGCACUGUUUGUAGCUGGUUGCAAACUUUUUUUUCAGAGUACUGGGUCACAGAGAGAGAGAGAGGUGUCUAGGACUCGUUGUCAAAGAAUUACUAUUCCCACAUCUGUACACA